AUGCGUAUCGAAGAACUCGUACUGGAAGGCUUCAAGUCCUAUCCAGUUCGGACACAAAUCACGGGAUGGGACCCUUCAUUCAACGCGAUUACCGGCCUGAAUGGGUCUGGCAAGUCCAACAUCCUCGAUGCUAUCUGCUUCGUGUUAGGCAUCACCAACAUGUCCUCUAUGCGCGCUGCAAACCAGCAAGACCUCAUCUACAAGCGAGGCCAAGCCGGGAUCACGAAGGCCAGUGUCACCAUCGUAUUCGACAAUUCGGACCGUGAUAAGAGCCCCGUGGGGCUGGAGAAUUGCAAACAGAUUACCGUUACCCGUCAGAUCGCGCUUCCCAACGUGUCCAAAUACCUCCUCAACGGCCUCAAGUCGCAGCAAAACACGAUUCAGACACUGUUUCAAAGCGUGCAACUGAACAUCAACAACCCGAACUUCCUCAUCAUGCAAGGUCGCAUAACGAAGGUCCUCAACAUGCGCCCGCAAGAGAUCCUUGGCAUGGUCGAAGAAGCGGCCGGCACGCGCAUGUUCGAAGAGCGGAAGGACAAGGCGAAGAAGACGAUGAGCAAGAAGGAGAAGCGCGUGCAGGAGAUCACGACCCUGCUCGACGAGGAGAUCACGCCCAAGCUCGACCGGCUCCGGGAGGAGAAGCGGCAGUACCUCCAGUACCAGAAGGCGGCGACGGAGCUCGAACGCAUCGGCCGCCUCCUGCGCGCGUGGGAGUACACGGAGGGCCACGCGCGGGUAGAGGCAAAGCAGGGGGAGAUCGACGAGGCGCAGGCAAGGAAGCAAGCUGUUGCCAGCGAGAAGGAGCGGUUGGGCGAGGAGAUCGAGGCGGCGGAGGAGGGGGUGCGCGAGGUGGAGAAGCAGAGGGAGAAGGAGAUGAAGAAGGGCGGGAAGUUUAAGAAGCUUGAGGAGGAGGUCGGUGAGUUGGAUAAGCUGGUGGAGAAGUUGAGGACGCAGGUGGAGAUCAAGGAGGGGACGAUCAAGGAGGAGGAGAAACAUGUCGCGGCCGCAUCGGGCGAAUCGCAAGACAACGAUCGAUUGCUCGCCGAGAAAACUGCUCAAGUCGAAGCCUUGAGGAAAGCGCACGCCACCUUGGCCGAGAAGCACGCGGAGGCCGCCAACGCGCUCAGGAACUCUGAAGAACUCCUACAAUCGCUCCUCACCGGCCUCGGAAACUCUGCGGGCACCGGCGGUGGAGGAUACAUGGGCCAGCUCGCCGAUGCCCGCGUGCGUGUGGCCAAUGCUGCUGCCGAAGAGAAGCAGAACAAGACGAAGCUCGCCAUGAGCGAACGUGAGCUAGCUUCGCUUGAGACGCGGUGGAAGGCGGUCGAGCGAGAGGCUGGCGAGGGCAAGAAGAACCUGGAGAAGACGCAGAAAGAGGUCGAUGCGGCGCGGAAGAAGGUGCAAGAUUGUGGAUGGAGCGCUGAGAAAGAGCAGGAGGCGGAGAAUACGUUCCGCGCCGCGAAAGAAGCUGAACAGCGCGCGCGCAUGGUACGUCGAGAUAGGAGCACGCAAGGCUUGCCUGCCCUUCAGUUCGACUACACCCCACCUCGACCCGACUGGGAUCGGUCAAAGGUGAAGGGACUGGUCGCUAGCCUUAUCUCACUCAAGGAGCAGGACUACGAUAAGGCAACCGCUCUGGAGAUCACAGCCGGAGCCCGGCUUUAUAAUGUUGUCGUUGACGAUGAAAAGAUUGGCAAGGACCUACUGUCAAAAGGUCAGCUGAAGAAGCGAGUGACACUCAUUCCGCUGAACAAGAUCAACGCGACGAAGAUGGCUGCCCAGAAACUUGGAGCCGCCCAGAAGCUCGCUCCCGGAAAGGUCGACCUCGCUCUCCAGCUCAUAGGGUAUCCGCACGAAGUUGCAAAUGCAAUGAACUACGUAUUCGGCGAGACUUUGGUCUGUCAAGAUGCUGAAACCGCCAAGACUGUAACCUUCCACCCCUCGGUCGGCGGGGCACGAUCCGUAACCCUCGACGGCGACGUCUACGAUCCGUCUGGCACGCUCAGCGGCGGUUCAGCACCUACCAGUAACGGCAUCCUGAUUGGUGCCCAGAAGGUUCAAGUUGCGGAACGUAACCUGAGGGAAGCGAGGAAUAGGCUCCAGGAACUGGAGAGAGAGGAAUCGAAGACCAGAGGGAUCCGAGAGCAAUGGCGUAAGCUUUCCAGGGAACUGGAGCUCAAGGAACACGAGAUGAGCCUCCAGGAGGAACAGGUCAACGGCAGUAACGCUUCUCGGCUAUCUGCCGAUAUCGAGGAACAGAAGCAGGCCAUCGCCGCGCUGAAGGAGGCUGUGAAGGCGGCCCAGGACAAGCAGAAGGCCGCCAACGACGAGAUCAAAAAGCUCGAGAAGGACAUGGCCGAGUUCAAGAACAAUAAGGAAGGCAAGAUCGACGAGCUCCGCGCGUCCAUUACAAAGCAAAAAUCGGCCGUCCAGAAGCAAUCUGUAGUGGUGAAAACACACCACAAGGAGCUGCAAACCGCCGAGCUUGAGCUAGAGCAACUGGAGGCAGAGAAGCAAAACCUGAUCGACGGUACUGCGGAGGCUCUGGAAGCUGUUGAAAAAUCCCGCAAAGAAUUAGAAAAGCUCAAGGCAGAGCUGGAUAAGCAGAAAGCUGCGCAUAGCAAGGCGCUUCACAAGCUGCAAGAAGAAAGGGCCACGCUCACGCGCUUCGACUCCGAAUUGAAGGAACUAGACGCUGUGAUCAAAGAGAAGAAGACGCUUGUUGCAGACGCCGACGUCGAGUUGACCAAGCUCGAGCACGACAUCGGCGUGAUGAAGAAAGAGAAAGUCGCGGCCACCAACUUCGUUACCAACCUCGAGAAGCAAUUCGAAUGGAUCAAAGAGGACAAAGAUCAAUUUGGGAAGAAGGGCGGUCCGUAUGACUUUCGGGGUACGAACAUGGCCCAACUCCGUGAGCAAGCGAAGAAAUUGGAGGACGAGCAGAAGGGCAUGAAGAAGAAAGUCAACGAACGCGCUGUUGGUGUCAUUGAAGAAGUGGAGAAGCGCGAGAAGGCGUUGACGAAGAUGUUAUCCACCGUGCUCAAAGACAAAGAGAAAAUCGAGGAGACGAUCGAGGAGCUGGAUCGUUACAAACGUGAUGCGCUCCAGAAGACAUGGGAGAAAGUCAAUGGCGACUUUGGGGGCAUCUUUGCCGAGUUGCUACCAGGCAACUUCGCAAAACUGCAACCCCCCGAAGGUCAGGAUCUCACUCAGGGCCUCGAAGUCAAGGUCCAGCUGGGUAGCGUCUGGAAGCAAAGCUUGACGGAACUCAGCGGUGGACAACGAUCUCUCAUCGCUUUGUCCUUGAUCAUGUCGCUACUGCAGUUCAAGCCUGCGCCGAUGUACAUUUUAGACGAGAUCGACGCGGCCCUGGACUUGUCGCAUACUCAACAUAUUGGCCAGUUGUUCCGAACGCGGUUCAAGGGCAGCCAGUUCAUCGUAGUCAGUUUGAAGGAGGGCCUCUUCACCAACGCGAACGUACUCUUCAGGACCCGCUUCCGGGAUGGAACGAGUAUUGUGGAGCGGACUGCGCAGAGAAGCGCGUCUUCACUGUACGGUACGACCGAGAAGGAGAAUGAGGGUGGUGAGGAAGCACGGGGUCCGAGGAGAACGACGAGAAAAUGA